CUGAAGACACUAACCCUUUCUUCACAAAGAGAAUAAAACUAGCGAGGCCGAGAUGUUAACUGAAGUGAUACUCGGAGUGCUGUUAGUCAUCCUGCUGUGGAAAGCCUUCCUCAAGAAGCCAGCGGGUUUGCCUCCUGGUCGCUGGGGUUUACCGUUGAUCGGAUACAUUCCCUUGACGAAUAAGUCGAUGGAGGAACAACUUGAGGACUUGAACAAGGAGCACGGUGAUAUUUACAUAUGGAGAAUAGGAACGCAGGUGAUGGUGUUCCUCCACAGCUACGAGAUGUGUAAAGAGGCGCUCGCGAGACAAGAGUUUACAAACCGACCCGAUUGGUCUUUCUUCAACUCCAAUGAGAAAGUGGCAUUAGGGGUGGGAGGCAGCAACGGCCUACACUGGCACACCAACCGCCGCUUCACCCUCCGCCAGCUGAAGGACCAAGGCAUGGGGAAGUCCAUGCUGGUGUCAGGGAUCCACGAGCAGGCGGAGAUGCUGAUUGAGAAGCUGAGGGAACAGGCUGGGAAGUGUGAGCCUGUGCCCUACGCUAUUAGGGUCGCUGUUGUCAAUGUGAUCUGGCAUAUGGUGGCUGGAAUAACUUACGACGUGGAUGAUCCGAAGCUUCAGGAAUUUGUGCAGCUCAUGGACGACUUCAACGAAUAUUCGCAAUACAACGUUAUUCUCGACCUCUUCCCUUGGCUUAAGAUACUCCCGGCCUUUAUAAAGAACCGGCUGUUCUCCUUGGAUAAAAUGAACAGCGCCGACAAGAAGUUCCUCGAUUAUUUCUAUGAAGUUAUCGAAGAGCACAAGACCGCGUUGGAUCCCGAUAACCCACGAGACCUCAUCGACGGCUACCUGCUGGAGAUGGAGGGGGCGGAGCGAGAGGAGGUCGUGCGCAGCGAGAAGGACCUGGCUCUCCUGAUCCUCGACCUGUUCUUCGCUGGGAGUGAGACGACGUCCAGUACCCUCACUUUCGCCAUAUAUUACCUCGCCGCCUUUCCGGAGUGCCAGCGGAAACUGCAGGAGGAAAUCGACCGUGUUCUUCCCGACGGCGACCUACCCGGGCUGGAGGACAGAGCGAGACUCCCGUAUCUGGAGGCCGUUAUUCACGAAGUCCUCCGCAUGUCGUCGCUCGUCCCUGGCGGCGUUCAACACUGCGCAACCAGAGACACACAGUUUGCAGGAUAUACAAUUCCUAAGGGCGCGAUCAUCAACACGGCAGCUGCGUCUAUCCACUUCGAUCCAAGAUACUGGGACCAGCCUGAGAAGUUUUUGCCUGAGCGCUGGCUAGACAAGGAUGGGAAAUUCUGCACCAAGAGAGAGGGUUUCCUUCCCUUCGGCGUCGGUAAACGCGUCUGCCUGGGAGAGUCCUUGGCACGCAUGGAAACCCUCAUUUUCUUCGCGGCCGUGUUCAAGAAUUUCAACAUCUCGUCGCCUCCAGGAACUCUUUUGGAUGUCACGCCCAAUCCGAACCAGCCAAUGUUCCACGUCCCGAGGAAGCAGGACAUUUACUUAACUGAAAGAAAGUGAAAAGGUGAAGGUUUGAGAAUCAGUCUUAUGGUUGUGAAAAAAGACGAAUAAAUACAAGAUAGUGAUUUUUUUUUUUUUUGGGGGGGGAUAAGUUUAUGAUUACGAAGAGGACUGUUAAAUGCAAGAAAGUGAAAUUGUAUUUUUUAGGGAAUAAGUCUAUAAUUAUGAACAGGAUUGGUAAGUGCGAGAAAGUGAAAAUGUGAAGUUUUGAGGAAAUGCCAAUCAUUAUAAAGGAAAGUAAGUGACAGAAAGAGGAAACAUGAAAUUUUGAGAAUAAGCCCAAAGUUAUGAGCAAGAUUAGUAGGAGCAAGCAAGUGAAACGGUUAUUUUAUUUUUAGAGGAUAAACUCAUGACUAUGAAGAAAAUUAGUUACUGAGCACAAGUUAAAAAUGUGUUAUGAAGAUUACUAUGUAGAAGAAAGUGGAAAUGUUAAAAGUUUUAAGGAUACGCCUAUGAUUAUGAAGAUUAGUAAUUAAGGUCUGGAAUAAGUCUAUGAUUGUGAAGAUUAGUAGCUUCAAGGUAGUUAUUUUUUCUUAAUAAGCCUAUGAUUGUGAAGAUUAGUAGCUGCAAGGUAGUUAUUUAUUCUUAAUAAACCUAUAAUUGUACUAUUGCCUCAAAAAAAGUAUAGAUAUUUGUUUACACCUGUUAUUUAUAUGUAUUUUUAUGCAAAAUAAAUUAUGCAAAACUACAACGCACAAGUACUGCGAUAAGAAUCGUAUUUGCAAACCAACUAUUACAAAUAUAUUAAAGUUAACUUUAUUAUCAUUAUCAUUACAAUUAUUGUUGUUGCUAUCAUUAUCUACCACCACCACCACUAUCACCAUUAAGUUCACCAUCACUAUCUCCAUCACCACCACUAUCACCAUUAUGACCACCACCACUAUCACCAUUAUGAUCACCACCACUAUCACCAUUAUGAUCACCACCACUAUCACCAUUAUGACCACCACCACUAUCACCAUUAUGACCACCACCACUAUCACCAUUAUGAUCACCACCACUAUCACCAAGAUGACCACCACCACUAUCACCAUUAUGACCACCACCACUAUCACCAUUAUGACCAUCACCACUAUCACCAUUAUGAUCACCAACACCACCACCAUCUCCAUCAUCAUCACUAUUACUACCACCAACCACCACCAUAGAGAGAGAGAUAGAAGAAUGAGAGCAAGCUGCUGUACUAGUACUGUACCUUUU